UUUCAUUUUUCGGAAAAUUAAAAAUUAUUGAAAAUCUCUGCCUAAGGAGUAAGGAGUAUGUACUCUAUUUUACACUUCCCAUUUUUGUAAACCUGUUUUUCUUUUUCUUGUUCUUGUCAUUCACAAUCACAAUUGAUUUCACUGUCACAUUAUUUUGUUUUCUUGUUUUUAAAUCGAUUGAAACAAGAAAAUUUUAACCGGGUAUUAAUUUAAUUAAUUUAAAUUGAUUUAUUAGUUUAGUUUCUUUAAAUAAUGGAUUCCCAAUUCAAGACAAUUCAUCCAGUCAAAUAUCUUCGAGAUCAUUUCUCGAAAGAAAUUCGUCCGGAUGGUCGGGAAUUUAUGUCCUAUCGUCCAGUCAGCAUAAAUGUUUCAUCAAUUAAACAAGCCGACAGUUCUUGUGUUUUCAAAAUUGGAAACACAACUGUUAUUUGUGGAAUUAAAGCCGAACUUUGCACACCAAAAGCCUCGACACCAAAUUGUGGUUUCGCUAUAAUUAACGUAAAUUUACCGCCCCUUUGUUCUCCCAAAUUUCGACCCGGUCCACCUAGUGAAGAAGCUCAAUGCGCAACGAAAAUUGUCGACGAAAUUUUAUCGAAUUCGUCAAUUUUGGAUCUAAAAGAUCUUUGCAUUUGUAAGGAUAAAUUGGCAUGGGUUUUAUAUUGCGAUCUCGUUUGCAUUGAUUUCGAUGGAUCUGUAAUUGAUGUUUGCAUUGGAGCUUUAAUGUCUGCCUUAGAAACUUUGACAUUACCGGAAGUUACAUAUGACACGGAAACAAAACUCAUAGUCACAAAUCCCGAGAAGAGAAUUCCACUUCCAUUGAAACCAAUAACCGUUUCUUUGACAUUCGCAUCGUUCGAUGAACGAAUUUUAAUUGUUGACCCUACAGAAGAUGAGGAAAGUUUAUCUCACAGUAGAAUAACAAUUGCCGUUAACGCCAAUGACAUGUGUUUUGUACACAAAUCAGGUGGAACUCCAAUGUCAGACAAAUUAAUAACAAAAAGCAUAGCAAUUGCAAAGAAACGAGCUGAAGCAAUAAGAAAAUUAAUAGAAACCGCAACGACACCUUUUAAAAUUUCUUGAUCCGUUUCCAGAUUUUAUCCUAACAUUAAUGAAAUUCUAUUUUGGAAAAAUUUAAAAAGCCUUUUGCCUUUUGCUUUUAAAUUUUGAUUCUCUUCUAUAAUUUUCGAAAACUUUAUAAUAAGUGAUUAAAUAAAAUG